CCUUUCUAUUUGAAAGAUGAAGAUACUUUGUAUAAAUCAAUGAAGUAUUCAAAUGUUGUCAUUAAUCUCAUUGGACGGGAUUUUGAAACAAAAAAUUUCCCUUUUGAAGAAGUGCAUGUCAAAGCUGCGAGAAAUAUAGCUCGUAUAGCAAAAGAACUUGGUGUUGAAACUCUUGUUCAUGUGUCAGCCUUGAAUGCAAGGGAAAAACCAGAACCUAUAAUCCUUAAGAAGGGAUCCAAAUUUUAUGCUACAAAAUGGGAAGGAGAAAAAGCAGUUCGAGAAGAAUUUCCAGAGGCUAUCAUCUUUCGUCCAUCUGAUAUGUGGGGCCAACAAGACAAUUUUCUGAAUUAUUAUAUGAAUAUAACUAGAAGAACAUGGCGUACAAUGUCUUUAUGGAAGCGUGGAAAAAAUAUUAUUAAGCAGCCUGUGUAUUAUUCUGAUGUCUCAAAAGGAAUAAUUAAAGCUGUUAUGGAUCCAGAUGCUGCAGGUCACACAUUUCAAGCCGUGGGACCCCAUCGUUAUGAACUUGCUGAAUUAAUGGACUGGUUUCAUCGGGUAAUGAAACGGACACGAGACAGACUGUAUUUCAGGCUUGACAUGCGUUUAGAUAUCACAUUAUGGAUAAGAUUACUAAUCUCUGAAGCAUUAUUUACUCGUCACCGACUUCUCUCUUGGGAGAGGUUUGAAAGGGAGAGUACAACAGACAUUGUGCUACCAGAUCUCCCAACUCUUGAAGAUUUGGGUGUGAAACUAACUCCACUGGAACAAAGAAUAUUUUAUGAAUUAAGGCCAUAUAGGCUUGAUGCUUAUAUGGAUCCUCUUCUGCGAGAUUAUGUCAGGCCUGUGGAUCCAUGCCCUCUAGCUAAAGAAUAGAAAGUUUAUAAAAUACCGUAGAAUUUGUAAAUUUUUCUAUUGAAUUAGUAAACAGAUGGAAAACAUUUUGUCCAUCUUUCUUUAAACUGUCCAGUAUGAACUCUGUUUUUAAUUUUUUAUCAUUAAAUUUAUGGAAGUGUAACGGGAUAUUCUGAGAAUAAGUUUGAAUAUUAAAUUGAAUUGUUUCUCUUUAAUAUUUAUUUCACAUUAUGAUAUUGCUUUCCUUUAAUAAGAAAUUAUCCAUUAAAAUUAUGUUAAGAAAUCAGAUGAAAAUAUAAGGGAUGUUUAAGUGAAAAGGUAAAAAGUUACACUGGGUGUUAACACAGAAAUGAAGGGACGUCAAGAUCUAAUGAAAGAGUUGUUUAACUAGAGUGAUCUGCCAACCAUGAGAAAAAAAGAAGUUCCAAGAAAGCUAGCCACCAUGGAUUGAGUGUGCUGGUAAUUCGGAUUUGUGCUAUGUAUGUUAAGGUGUGGAUGGCAAGAAUCCAUCCGAGUAGAAUACGCUAUUCAGACAUACAUCCACUAUUCAGACAAGGUCUCAUUCGUAUAUGCGUGUAUAAUUCUGUUAAUAGAUGUAAUAGUAAAAUAUCUAUGGUCCAUUAAAUUUAUGUGUGAA